AUGAGCUUCGGGUCUGAAUCCUUCUCCGCCUCCUCCUACCGCAAGAUUUUUGGGGAUUCUCCCCGUUAUGCGUCCUCUCCGUCGCGGUCAACCGUUAACAUGUCCUCCAGGACAGGUUACCGGUCCUCCUCUGCGUCCCGGAGCAGCGCAUCAGCCCUGGGCUCGUACAACAGAAAGUCCGGCCGCUCCAUGCCACUGGAGACCUUCGACCUGACACAGAGCAAUGCCCUCAACAAUGAGUUCAAAAUUGUCCGUACCAAUGAGAAGGAACAAAUGCAGGGUCUCAACGACCGCUUUGUCAUGUUUAUCGACAAAGUGCGCACCUUGGAGCAGCACAACGCAGUGCUGGAGACGGAGUUGACCGCUCUGCGCCAGAGGCAGGCCGAACCGUCCCGCUUGGCGGAGCUCUACCAGCAAGAGAUCCGCGAACUGCGCUCCCAGCUGGAGGAGCUGAGCGGGGAGAAGUCCCAGUUCAUGAUAGAGAGGGAUUCCGUCGAGGACGAGCUCCAUAAGGUCAGGGGGAAAUACGAAGACGAGUUCCGCGCCCGGGAGGAAGCUGAGGCCACCCUCAAGGCUUAUAAGAAAGAUGUGGAUGAUGCCACCAUGGUGCGCCUGGACCUGGAGAAGAAGGUGGAAUCUCUCCUGGACGAGAUCAACUUCCUCAGGAAGGUGCACGAGGAGGAGGUGGUCGAGCUGACGGACAUGAUCCAGGCUGCCCAGGUGUCCGUGGAGAUCGAGGUGGCCAAGCCGGACCUCACCUCUGCCCUGAAGGAGAUCCGAGGCCAGUACGAGUCCAUGGCGUCCAAGAACCUGCAGUCCGCCGAGGAGUGGUACAAGACCAAGUUCGCCGACCUGUCCGAGCAGGCCGGCAAGAGCAAUGACGCCAUCCGCGCCAGCAGGGAGGAACUGAACGAGUACAGGAGGCAGCUGCAGUCCAAGACCAUCGAGAUAGAGAGUCUGAGGGGAUCCAACGAGUCUCUGGAAAAGCAGCUGCGGGAGAUGGAGGAAAGGCACAAUAUGGAGAUUGGAAACUACCAGGACAACAUGAUGGAGCUGGAGAACGACCUGCGGUCCACUAAGGGCGAGAUGGCUCGUCACCUCAGGGAGUACCAGGAUCUGCUGAAUGUCAAGAUGGCACUGGAUAUUGAGAUUGCAGCUUACAGGAAACUGCUGGAGGGUGAGGAGACCCGCAUCGGGACUGGGAUCAGCUUUCCCGGCUCCUCCAUGAGCAGCAUCAGUUCCGGUCAAGGCUACAACUACCAGAGCCGCAUGUACAGCAGCUCCGGCAAGAGCUCCAAGAGCAAGGACGAGGAGCCGCAGCAGCAGAGCAAGUCCAUGGGCAAGGUGACCCAGCGCGAGGUUUACGAGGAGACCGCUGUCACCACCAAGAAGAUGGAGAAGCAGCAAGACCCCAGCGACAAUUCCACCAAUCAGAAAAACUAAGAGCCUAUACUAUAAGCUAGUUUUCGACCCUUAACCCGCCAUACUUCUAUUCAUUUCCCAAGCUAGAACAAACCCUGAGCCUUCACACUCACACACUUGUGGGCGUCUACCCUGAACGCCUUGCCUUGUGUUAUAAGCAGAUGGUCAUGGUUUCUAUCUGCUAAAUGUCCGCAAGUGUGUGAGUGAGUGUGGGAUUUAGAUGUUUGUUUUAUCCUUCCCGUUUUCCCCUUUCCCCCCACAUGUGUUCCCCAAAGGAAAUCCAUUAUAAAUCGUCUGUAACAAACACUCUUAACAAAAAACACAGUGCUCUCUCUUUCUAGUUCACACACUCAAACAAUAACAAGCACUUUCGUAGCAUCUCUUACAGAUCUUUCAGAAAGUAAUAUUAUACUGGUCUUUCACACUACUGAAACACGACAGACAAUACAAACUCUGGUCAGGCACAACUACCACAAGCUGUGAGGUACUCUCAACACAUUCCAAUGGAAGCAUGUGUGUGCAUCCACUUACACGGAAAAAACAACCUGCGACAGUUUAGUCAGAAAGCACACAGUUCAAGGAAACCCAUAUGAUAGUGUAUUGCUGAGCCAAUAUUUCAAAGACUAAUUAUCAGGUACAUGAGCAAAUAGUGUCGUUGCACAAUUUCUUCACAUCAUUCUCUUUAAACUCCUUCUUAACUUCCCCGGUGAAGUUUCAUUCCCAAAAGUGGAUUCCCUAAGCUAUUUAAAUAAAAUGUAAUUCAAACAGCAAAAUAAUAAUGGAGCAUAAUUUGCAUGUUGUAUGUAGAUGAUUGCAUGGAAUCCAUCGGUCCAUUGCUCUUUGGCCACAAUGUCAUUGUUCGGUGUUAAAAGGCCGACUCAUGCCUUCCUUUUCACCAUCUUCUAUGCUGAGCGUCAUCAUGCACAAAACUCAUAGAAGUCAUAGACACGCGCUUGUUAGCCUGUAGGCUAGGUAGGAGUUAGGUAGAUGUAAACGCUGUGAAGAUAAGAAUGAGGAAAUCUCUUUAGGCACUUAUACAGGAAGUUAUCUUGCAAAUGUAGAAAGCAGAUUGCACAGUUUGUCGAAGGAUACAAGGAACAGCGGACGUUGAGCAAAGAUGCAGCUAAUAUGAUAUUAAAGUGGAAGCGAUCUUUCUCUUGAAACAUGCGCUUCAGCACAAAUGAACAAGACUCUGUAUGAUCCAUAUGGCUGUAUGCCUACGCCAUUUCAUUUCCCAUGUUGCCAUCAAUGAUGCUUGAAGCACAUGUGAGCCCCAGAAUCCAUACCAUAUCACUCCGCCAGAAGAAAACCAUGGCAUCACCUAGGGCUGGGUAUCGUAAAACAUUUUCGAUACCAGUAUCAACGCACUCCAAUACCAUAACAGAGAACUUGAUUUGAUACCUUUUUUUCUCUACUUCAUGGAUACCUAAAAUGUAAAUGGAUACUUCCUGUUUCCUGAAUUGCCUCCACUAAAUUCAAAUGAUUUCACACCAAUACAUUUUGAAUGUAGGCCAAUCAGACGUCGCGUAAAUCAAAGAAUGUUUGCAUGGAUUGGCUGUGAGCAUACCCAUAAAAAAAGUUGGUUUCUUUUUUAGAUGUGGGUAUAAAAAUGCAUCAAAUGCAGGUUUUGAUGGACUGGAGAGUUUUUCGAAUGUUUUGGUUGAUUUCGGACAAGACUUUCCCGAUACAGAUUACUGAUACCCAGCCCUAUAAUCAAUGCACAAAAUACGUCACAAAAUCAGUUGGAAACGCCAGAUUGCAACACAUUUGAAACAAAUUGACCUCUCACUUUAUUACAGUGGCCAUGACUGAAUAAAAUGUCUGUUGUAGUAAGACCUCACCACUAGAAAUACUCAGUAUGACAGACUAAGGAAUAGCUUGUUUUUUCUGCUUGUGCACUGCCGAAUUUAACACAUCUUAUUGUACUGCUGCUGGUCAUGGCGACCCACGCCUUGACAAACUGCACUCACAACAAAAAAACGACUGAUUGUACGGCAGACUGUUCUGGAACGGGUUUGGUUGUUUUACUUGAGGAUUGUGAUAUUCAUGAGUACUUUAGUACUGUAGUGAGUGUGUCUGUAUCUCUACACAGCGGCCUAUCAUAACAGGGGAUAUUCAGAGCGGCAGCAAAUCUGAAAAUUGGGCAUUUUGUUUCACAGAUUACUGAAUUCAAGUGUAAAGCAGAAGAAAAGAUGUGAGAUGUACAGGAACAUACAAAUGUUAGCAGCAUGUUAUAGUAUACAGCUAUAACAAUGGAUGAAUGUUUCAUGGUUGGAAAUGUCAAGCCUUUAUCUUUACACUGUAAGCCAAAAUAGUUUUCAUUGGUGUCUGAACGAAAACCAUCCAUACUGCUACUACCCCUGCACUGCCAAACCUUUCUUAGUGCACAUGCAACACCACUUCUUCAUGGAAUAAAACAUCAAGCAUUUUCUGAAAAUACAGUAUGUCACCAGUGCAAAACCAACAAUCAAGAUUUAGCCAUAGAUCAAAUAACUGUAGGAUGUGAAAUGCCUUAAAACACCAGCAGCUUUUAUUUUUCUGGUCGUGUGUGAUGUGUAUGAUUCUGUCCAGUGGGGUGUUUAAUCAUUAUUAUGUCUUAUUAGAGCUACCAUGGCUACAAAAAGCAUAGGGAUUGAAUGUAGUUGACAUACCGUUCUCUUUACUGUUAUAACUAUGUAUUGCUGUACGACACCAUAUAUAUCAAUAAAGACUUGACAUUA